AUGGAUACAUAUGAUGAUCAUCAUAAUAAUGAAAAACAACCAUUAAUAAGUCCAAACAAUAAUCGCAAUAAUAACUAUCCCUCUGAUUCUAGUAAUCAUUCAUCUCCCCAUAAUAAUAAUAAUAAAACUAAAAUGUCUGAUCCUGUAUCACUUGAGAAAACCGAACAGCCAGGUCAACAACAGCAACCACAACAACAAGGACAAGAACAAGGACAACAAGGACAACAAAAUAAUCCACCUCCACAACAAGGACAACAAGGACAACAAAAUCCACCUCAAUACCAACAACACCAAAAUCCUCCACCAUACAAUCCACAAUUCCAUUAUUAUUCUUAUCCAAAUAAUCCACCACCUCAAGGUGGACAUGCCGAUCCCAAUGUAAUCUAUGUGGUUGAAGAUCAUAGUGGCCAUCAUCAUCACCUCAGUCAUCGUAGUUCAGAUCUAUUCUGUUCUAUCAUUGUUUCAUUGCAAUUUUCAUCAUAUCAUUGUUACCAAAGAACCAAUCUUUUUUCAACUUACAAUAUCCCACACUUAACUGAAUCGCCACAACAACAACAACAGCAAAGAACAGAAUAA